AUGGGUGGUUCUGCCCUCCCGCAGGAUAUCUCGUCGGCGGACGAAGGCAAGCUCCUCUGGGUGCUACAUGUGGAGUUGGAUGGUGUCCAUGCCCAGAGACGUAGUAUUGGGCAGGUUUUUACGUCGGCGUGUCUGAUACCGAAGGUUGGCUGCUAUUUUGUCAAGUAA